AUGGUUAUGCCCAAGCACCCCAACGCCGCCUCCCCCGUGCUCUCGCACUUCUCCCUCGCCGGCAAGGUCGCCGCCGUGACGGGCGGCGUGCGCGGCAUCGGCCUGGCCGUCGCCCACGCCCUCGUCGAAGCCGGCGCCCAGGGCGUCGCAGUCAUCUACUCGUCCACCCCGGACGCCGAGGCCGCCGCCAUCGCGAAGGACAUCGCCACCCACAGCCAGGGCGGUGCCGCCACAAACGUGCGCGCCUACCAGUCCUCCGUCCAGGACAAGGCCUCCAUCACCGCCACCCUGAACCAGAUCGAGAAGGACUUCGGCCGCCUGGACGUCGUCAUCGCGAACGCGGGUGUUGCUGAUAUCACGCCUGCUGAGGAGGUGGGCGAGGAUAAGUGGCGCAAGUUGAUGGGCGUGAACUUGGAUGGCGCUAUGUACACGGCGCAGGCUGCUGCGAACAUCUUCAAGCGCGUCAAGGAGAGCGGGAAGGAGGAUAAGAACUGGGCCGGCAACAUCAUUUUCACCGCUAGCGUCAGCGCUAUUCUGGUGAACAUCCCGCAGACCCAGGCUGCGUAUAAUGCGAGCAAGGCGGCUGUCGUGCACUUGGCGAAGAGUUUGGCCGUCGAGUGGGUGGACUUUGCCAGGGUGAACUGCGUGAGCCCGGGAUUCAUUGAUACCGAGAUCCUUUUGGUGCACCCGCCGGAGAGGAGGAACAAGUGGUUCGAAAUGAUCCCCGGCCACCGAAUGGCUGAUGCACAGGAGCUGAAGGGCGCCUACGUCUUCUUGGCUAGCAACGCAAGCACUUACAUGACUGGCGCAAAUCUUGUUAUUGAUGGCGGCUACACUUUGCCUUGA